UUUACCUCGAAGUACUCAGACCUAGUCAUUAGAUCGCAGGAUCAAGAGUUCAAGGUGCAUAAGGCUAUUCUUGGCGGACAGUCCGAGUAUUUCGAUGAACUCUUCAACGGCGACUGGAAGGGAGAAAAACGAGACUACCAUCGACUUUCUCAAAGACGAUCCCGGCGCCAUCAAAGCAAUGGUCCGCCACAUGUACGGCCUCGACUUCGAAACCUGCGGCAUCAAUCGUGAUCACACUUCUCCUCUAUUAUUCUCCGUCAAGGUCUACCCAAUCGCAGAUUUCUACCGUGUCCCACAAUUGAAGCAGCGUGCCAAGGAAAAAGCCGAGAAGGCUGCCAGAACCUGCUGGGCGAUGAACGAUUUUCCUACCGCUAUUUCAGAAGCUUAUAGGACUAUUGCUGGGGAUGGUAGGGAGCUUCGGGACUUGCUUGUUGAGGUAUCUCGGGAGCAUAUCAAGGAGCUGCUUGGGGACCCUGGCUUCCUGGAAGUCCUUCAAGAGACGAAGGGCUUUGCGGCUGAUCUGUCUAAAGUGCUGGCUUCGGGGGUAACGUCGACGAAGUACCGAUGCCCGGGCUGUUGCACCCAGUGGAGGGUGCAGCGUUGCACAGGCUCUCGUUCACUGGAAUAUUGCCCAUACUGCGCCAACAAUUAUAACUGGGACCAGUACAAGUGUUGAAGACCUCUGUUGCUUUCUGACGUCUCUUGAUUUUGGCAAAUUGGGACAAAUGAAGACCUGCAAGAGUUCCCACGAUAUAUGUAGUAAGCUUAUCCCUAUCCCUGAUAUUCUUCCUGCAUGAGUUGCCCUGAAAAUCCAUCAUUACCAGAUCCUAAACAUCUUUCCCGUCCACUUUUCGAUUUGAAGGUCUUCGUAAAUCCGCCAUGUCCGCAGACUACAAGUCCAAUGGACCAAUCCACGGGCGGGUCUUUGACCCAAGAUGCAGAAAAGACUUAUGAUCACCGACUGUGAAUGGCUCUGGCGAGCAGAGGUCCUUGGAAAUUCACCGCGGCAGUGAUAACAAAGGAACCGUUCGGUUGCAAUUCUCGCAAGUAAUGGCCUCAGAUCUUUUCGGACACCGACUUUUCAAGUGCUCAGAAUAGCGUUUCGUGUUGACCAUGUCCUUGCAAUACACUGUUUCAUUUGUGGAUCCAUGGAUGAUGGCGAGAUUGCGAAGAGUCCGCGAUGGAGACGGCAAUGG